AUGAAAUCCAUAUAUUACUCGUUCUCGACAGUUUUUGAAAAAAUAAUUAAAAGGCAGAUACCUGCAAAAAUUAUAUACGAAGAUAAACAUUGUUUAGCCUUUGAGGAUAUAAAUCCUAAGGCAAAAGUACAUGUUUUAGUAAUACCUAAGGAGCAUUUAGAUAGAUUAUCAAAUGCCUCUGAGUAGCAUAUUAAUCUAUUAGGAAAUUUGAUGUAUGCAGUGAAUAGAGUUGGGAAAUAACUACAAUUAGAAGGAUAUAGAGUGAUAAUAAAUGAUGGAUAGAAAGGAGGAUAAACAGUGUUCCAUUUACAUGCUCAUAUUUUAAGUGGAGAAAAUUUAACUGGAUUUGAAUGA